GUGCAUAUCAACAUGUAAAUAGCCCUCCCAGCCUCUCAGUGAGGAAUAUGUUGAUUUUAAGUGUCUUUAACACAUAAUGGUAAGUGUUCUGUCAGAUCACACUAUACCCCCCAUUCUUUAAGCCUGUGACGCACGCGUGAGCAGGGAGGUAUAGUUUAUAAAGGCAGCCAACAAAGGCAUGAUUAUUAGGACUGAAAUAGCAGACUGAAGACCUCCGAUAUGUCGCUGGAGGAUCCGUUCUUGUUAACCCCUGAGGACAGCACAGUUCUGCUCCUGAAUGUUUCCAGGGUAUUUUGGGAGUCCGCCGGAGAGCAGCAGCACCGCUUCAGCAUCUGGCUCCCUGGUAUCGGCAUCGCUGCUAUCUACGGGAUCAUCAUCAUCGUGGGGCUGAUUGGAAAUGUCACUUUAAUGAAGACGUGUCUGCUGGUGAGGUCCAUGCGGACGGUGCCCAACUUAUUCCUGUCCAGUCUGGCUCUGGGGGACCUGCUGCUGCUGGUGACCUGCGCGCCGGUGGAUGCCAGCCGGUACUUGGUGGACGAGUGGCUCUUCGGCCGCGUCGGAUGCAAACUGAUCCCUUUCAUCCAGCUCACCUCGGUGGGAGUCUCCGUGUUCACUCUCACUGCUCUCUCCGCUGACCGGUACAAGGCUAUCGUCAAACCGCUGGACAUCAACAAGUCCAGUGCUGCUCUGAGCAUCGGUUUACGCGCAGGGAUGAUCUGGCUGCUCUCGGUGACUCUGGCUGUGCCCGAAGCCGUCUUCUCCGACCUGCACACCUUCACCACCAGCCACACCAAUGAGACGUUUGUGACCUGCGCCCCUUACCCUCACGCGGGGGAGCUCCACCCGAAGAUCCACUCCACCGCCUCAUUCCUCAUCUUCUACAUCAUGCCCCUCUUCAUCAUAUCUGUCUACUACUGCUUCAUCGCUCGCAGUCUGGUCAGAAGCUCCGCGGACAUCCCCGCCGAGGGACACCUGCACCUUCAGAAGCAGAUCAGGUCCAGGAAGCGUCUGGCUAAAACUGUGCUUGUGUUUGUCGGCUUGUUUGCGCUCUGCUGGCUCCCGAGUCAUGUGAUCUACCUGUACCGCUCCUACCACUACGACCAGGUGGACACGUCGCUGGGCCACUUCAUCGCCAGCGUGUGCGCUCGCAUCUUGGCCUUCACCAACUCCUGUGUGAACCCAUUUGCUCUGUACCUGAUGAGCAAAAGCUUCAGGAAACACUUCAAAAAGCAGCUGCUGUGCUGCUCCGCUCCCAGAGAGCUGCGCAGCCAGAGCAGCAGGAGCACAAAUGUAACGACCGUCUGAACCAAUCCGUGUUCAUGAACUUCACACCCAUGCUUCGGUAGGAUUUGAGCCACUUUUGAGUUCAGUAACAUGAUAGAAAAUUAUUAUAAAUGAAUUAAAGAUCCUCUGAGGUCUAAGUUGUCGUGACCUCAAACCAAAGUCUAAACAAUCAGAAUAUGUAAUUUUGGUUCUUCAUACAUUGUUCUCCAAAUUCUUGACAAUCAGGGAACAACGACCACAUUUAAAAUGUUUCCAGUUUCAAAAAUUGUCAGAAAAAAGUUUGUUUUGGCCUUAUAUGUGGUCAGGGUUACCAGCUAUCACAACUUAUGCCCUAUACCCCCCAAACACACACGCAUGCACACCGCAAAAACAGUUGGUAAACAAAAAACCUAAUUCCUAAGGUUCUCAGGCUGCUUGUCGCAAAUAUUGUUUACUCGAGGUGAAUACUUUUUGUACUAAGUCUAAUGUGAAAGGAACCAAUUAUGCUUAUUUCAUAGUUUCAGUUUACAUCCUAACAAGAACAGAAAGGAGCAUGAUGUCUCUCUUUGGUAAACAUGACUCUGAUUGUGUGCCUAUUUUAAGACAUUAUGGUGGAUUAAGUGUUUAAUUUAUAAGCUGUAUAUAAUUUAAUUUACGGCUAGAAUACACAGGCUGUAUAUGAAUUGAUUAAUUACAAUUAUAGCCUAGCCAUCCAUCCAUUAAAUAUCUAUGGUUCUAUAUAUAAGCUUUAUAUAACUGAAAUCUGUUUUGUGUGAAACUGUAUAAAUCAUAUCUAGUAAAAUACAAGCAGAUGUUCUGGAUAAACUAAAACCACUGCUUAAUGUUGCAGGCCGUGCCUGCCAUAGGUUACUGUAUAAGGAAAUGUAUGAUGAGUUGAUCUCAGUGCUACACAAAAAUAGAAAGGAAAAAAAAACAUACACUCAUGAGCUACUUUUUUAUGUACACCAUACUAGUACUGAGUUAAACCGAGUUUGAUGGAAAAAGGUACCUGUAACAAUUUUCAGAGAUUUCUCUUCACAAUGAUACGACAACAUCACAGAGUUGCUGCAGAACAGCUGCACAUCCAUGAUGUUCCAACACAUCCCGAAGCUGCUGGAUUAAGAUCUGGUGACUGUGGAGGCCAUUUGAGUACAGUGAUCUCAUUGUCUUGUUCAAGAAAAGGGGUUUUAAGGGAAAAAUCACCCACGCCAUUAAACCACCAGCAGCCUAAACAAUUGAUACAACGCAGGAUGGAUUUCUAUGUUCAUGUUUAUGCCAAUAUCUGAUCCUACUAGUCAAAGGGUCCAGCAGGAAUUAAAACCCGUUGAACCAGGCAACGUAGCCUCAGUUUCCAGUCCUUAGCUGACAGGAGUGGCACCUGGUGUGGUCUUCUGCUCCUGUAGCCCAUCCAGAGAUGCUCUUCUGCAGACCUGGGUUAUUUGAAUUAAUAAUGCCUUCCUAUUAACUCAGAUGAGUCUGACUAUUCUCCUUUGACCCUGAAAUCAAUAAGACAUUUUCACCCAGAGAACUGCAGCUCGUUGAAUAUUUUUUAUUUUUCAGACCAUUCUCUAUAAACCCUUAAGAGGGUUUUAUGGGAAUAAGUCCAAGGAGAUCAGCAGUUUUUGAAACAAACAAUAUCAUGUUCAAAGUCACUUAAAUCACAUCUCUUCCACAUUGUGAUGCUCGGUUUGAACUUCAGGAGGUCGCCUUGAUCAUGUCUACAUCCCUAAAUGCAUUAAGUUGCUUGCAUGUUAUUGGGUAAUUAGAUAUUUGUGAACACUUAAUAAGGUGGUCAGUGAGUGCAUUUGAAUAUGAACAUCUGUCAACCUAUAAUCCUAAAUAUAAAAAAAUAAGUUAUAUGAAGUCUUCUUUAAAAACAUGAUGCAGACUUGUUGAUGUAAAACCACAAACCACGCAAAAUAAAACUGAUGUUGUUGUAUAUUAUAUAGUUUUCUGUUGCAUUAAAUGACGUGUUCCACUCCCACUUGCGUUGUGAACCAUGCAUGAAAUGGCUCAAUGUUUAUUUUGUUGUUUGUUUAUAUCUACAGUAUGCCAUUUUUAAGGAAAAAUGUCAGCGGAGGAGCGAUCGUCUGUGACAUUUGAAAGUUCAUGAGCUGUAAAAUAUUCAAGCUGAACGCAGUAAAUUGUGCGCUUCAGUGUACUGCAGAGAAACAUUAAGCCACAUUUAUUAGCUGUUUUUUUUAUCCCAUUAUUAAAACUGUGAGAUAUCACACGUUGUGUGUGCAGUAAUGUGAGGUAGUGAAGUGUUGAUUGCUUGUGUACAGCUGUGCAGUGUAUCAGUUGCAUCCAGCAGAUAUUUGUUGCUACAGAGUAAGAUGUUUGAAGAUUAACCCAACAGCCUUUUUUUUUUCUUCUUUUGAUGUAUUGCUGCAGCCAUUAAAAGCAAGCAGUUGUUGUUUCAUCUCUUUUAUUUGGAUGAAUAUUCAAUUAAAUUUUUAUUUUGUGACUAAUUUUUAGUCACGAAAUAUAACCUCAACUGCUCUGUGUCGUCCUUUAUCGGAGUAAGAAUGUAAAUCCCAACAAAAAUGAAUGUACAGUGGUAAAAAUGUGAAGAAUAAACAAACAUAAAAUGGCCUUAUUAGUCCAGCAUCAACUUAGAAAUAACGGAUGCCUUCUUUCUUAACAUUUUGCUGUAUUAUUAUCUCCGGUUUUCCUUUUAAG